AUUUCGCUCUACAUAGUGAAAGGAGCGUUUGUUUAGGUGAAAGAAAAAAUACAAAAAGCAGUCACGAGUGGGUAGUGCAGGUCGAAACUUUUCUUGGUGACAACGAACUUCCAUCUUGCUCUUUUCAUAGGAAGCCAAAAAAUCAAAAAUGGGUGCUUACAAGUAUUUGGAAGAGCUUUCUAAGAAGAAGCAGUCUGAUGUGAACUUGUUCUUGUCUCGCGUUCGCGCUUGGGAAUACCGUCAAAUGAACGUUGUUCACCGCGCUAGUCGCCCCUCUCGUCCCGACAAGGCUCGUCGUUUGGGCUACAAGGCCAAGCAAGGUUACGUUGUCUACCGCAUCCGUGUUCGUCGUGGUGGCCGUAAGCGCCCUGUCCCUAAGGGUCAAGUCUAUGGUAAGCCCGUCCACCAGGGUGUUAACCACCUCAAGUACCAACGCUCUCUCCGCUGCACUGCUGAAGAGCGUGUCGGCCGUCGUUGCGCCAACUUGCGUGUUCUCAACUCUUACUGGGUCAACCAAGACGCUACCUACAAAUUCUACGAAGUAAUCUGCGUCGACCCCUCUCACAAGGCCAUCCGCCGUGAUCCUCGCAUCAACUGGAUCUGCAACGCUGUCCACAAGCACCGUGAAGCUCGUGGUCUUACCUCCAUCGGUAAGAAGUCUCGUGGUAUUGCCAAGGGUCACCGCUUCAACAACUCUCCUCAAUAUGCCACCUGGCUCCGUCACAACACCUUGUCUCUUCGCAGAUACCGUUAAGGUGGUUGAUUUUGUCUUUGUUUUUUCUGGUUCAGAAAAAUGGUACAAUCCAAAGUUUCAGGUUCAAUUGGAAAAGUUUUAUGAGACAGUAGAGAUGUACAAAUUUGUCCUGUAGCUUUUUUUGUUUCGACUAGUAGAUAUUGUAAAGGAACCACAAAAGCCAAAGAUAUGCAUUUGCGUAUUGUCAUGGGUGAUGUUUUGACGACUUGUAGUUAACAAAUGUGAGACAUGAUAGAUUGGUCUAAGCUAUCAGUAAAGAGCAGUAGAAUUUUGCUUGCAGAACGAAGAGACUGUCUAUCGAAGGAUGUAAGUGCCUUUGGUAGGCUGAAUUAUUUACAAAGAGUAUUCAGUAAAGAAGCAUGUACCAGGG